CUCACAGUCGAGUUUCUUCUUUCCCGUUCGCCACUCCCCCUCCUCAUCAUUCGUCUUCUUUGCCGGCUGCGACUCGCGUGCACCAGCAGCAGUAGUAGCAGCGGCGGUCACACCGGAGCUCGGUCCUUCCCGUUGCCGCUGGCGAGCCACCGCGAGUCGGCCACCCGCUCCACUUCUACCGGAUCUCCGUGGGCGAGCGAGUGGCUCCCACAGGUGUGUCGCGGUUCCAGGAAGCACACCUGGACGUGACCAUGUGACUCGGUACCUGGGCGUGGAAGGAACAUUAGCCGCUUAUCGCCAACCCCGCAGGGGCGUUUGUCGAAUACUUUUUCUCCCCUAUUUCCCCUCCGUCGUCCUCCUUCCGUGUCGCUGACAUUUUCGAUGCGCGGCGAGGAGCUUUGAGCAGGAAUUAGUGCCUUUCCUCGGAGAAGCACACCACGGGGAGGAACACGUGAACUGGCUUCUUUUUCAAACGCAAAACAACCAGGGCGCUUCAUCCAUUUGUGGACCUUUUGGGUCGCUUUUGGCUCACUAUACCUUCUCUCCUUCUCCGUGGUUUUAUUUGGUGAGGAAACUGAGAACAGGGAGAAAAACGGAGCGUUGCAGCAAAGUGGAGACGGUUGAGUGCAAUACCGCAUCGUCCAGUUACGGCACAGCAACAGGGUCCAACACGCAGAUUCACUCAUUUGUUGCUGCUGCCUGUGCCUUCUUCAAUGACUCCACACUAGGAUAUUAGUCGCUUAUCAAGUGUCUGAGAUGGCAAGCUGGGUCUCCCUCCUUCUCUUCCUCGCCUGCCAAUCGAAGUCCGCGUCCCAGGAGGGUCUCCCCGAGUUCACCUCGGAUACUCCCAUCAACAACGUAGUCCAUGACCCGCGCACGGGCCGCGUGUACGUGGGGGCAGUCAACGCCGUCUACCAGCUGGGCCCGUUGUUGCGGCAGGAGGCCCGGGCGGAGACGGGCCCCCGGAAGGACGCCAGGACGUGCACGCCGCCCGCCUCGGCCUGCCAGGACACCAAGCUCAUGCCCAACAUCAACAAACUGCUGCUGGUGCACCCGUCCAACGGCUCGCUCAUUGUGUGCGGCAGCCGCUACCGGGGCAUCUGCUCGCUGCUCAACCUGUCCAACGUGGAGCAUGAACUGUACUACAGCGACAACAAGGGAGAGCGGACGUACGUGGCCAGCAUCGAGGACAACGUCAACGUGGUGGGCGUCAUGUCCACCUUCGUCAAGGAGCAACACAAGUUCCAUGUGUUUCUGGUGGGCAAAGGUUACGGGAGCCUGGACAGCACCAAGAUCAUCACCACACGCAUUCUUCAGGAUUUCCGCGAAUGGGUGGUGUUCGAGAGCAUCAUCGAGGCCUCCACGAUACAGACCAUGCCCUUCGGGCCCAGGUACCUGCACGACUUCCGGCACGCCUUCGCCGCCGACGGCUUCGUUUACUUCGUCUUUUCCAGGACUCUGGACGGUAACGAUAACAAAAACGUGACCUUUGUGUCUCGCCUGUGCGAGAACGACCACCAUUUGUAUUCCCACACGGAGCUCCAGCUCAAGUGCGGUCCGGAUAACCGAUACAGCAAAGUGCAGGCGGCCUACGUGGCCUCUCCCGGGAAGGAGCUGAGUCGAGUCAUGACGGAAGCGGGGACGUACGGCAAGGUACAGCACUGGAAUAAAGUCCUCUUCAUGGUGGCCAGUUCAGAAGACGACCACAGCGACUCGGCCCUAUGCAUGUACACGCUCAACGCCAUCAACGAGCGCCUGGUGGACAUCAUCACCGCCUGCUACAGCGACUCUGGGAAGAUUUCAGGCUUCCCCGCCGUUGACAUUCCGUACUCGUCAAAGACAGCCGAAUUCUGCACCUCCAAAAUUGCGAAGGACACAUUAGAACUGUACAAGUGCGGCGGCGAUUUCUUGCCGACGCCUUUGGCCAGCAAGCCCAGAUUCGCCCUGAAAUCCAACGCGGUCUUAUCCAAGCCAGGCCUCCUCACCGCAGUCGCCAUCGCCGUGGAGAAUGAUCACACCGUCGCCUUCUUGGGCAACAACCAGGGAGAGGUCUUCAAGGUUCACCUGACAUCCACGCCUUACGUGUACGGCAAGGCCCCUGGCAACACCUUGGGGGAGAAAGUGAACAAGAACCUUUUCUUCAACACGGACUACAGCCACCUCUACAUCACCACAGACAAAAAGAUCACCAAGGUGCCCGUGGAGACGUGCUUGCAGGAGGAGGACUGCCAUUCCUGCGUGAAUAUGAGGGACCCGUACUGUGGCUGGUGUGUGCUUGAGGGCAGGUGCACCAGGAGGUCUGAGUGCCGGCGGGCAGAGGAGAAGAAUGGCUGGCUGUGGAGCCCGCAGCAGCAAUGUGUCAAGAUCGUCUCCUUCUACCCUCCCAACCUCUCCUGCAAAAAGAGCCAGAAGGUGAAGAUCAACAUUCCUUCACUGCCCGCCAUCGGCCCCUCGGACCGUCUGCAGUGCUCCUUCAAGUCGUUCCAGAGUGACGGCGUCAUGUCCGACUCUGGUCAGGUCUCGUGCGACCUGCCCCGCCCCUCGCUCAUCCCGCACACGACCGGUCACCAAGACUUCGUGGCCGUGCCGGUGACGAUCUUCGUCAACGAGACGGUGGAGGUGGCGACACGCGACUAUCAGUUCUACAACUGCGCGGCCACCGUGAGGAAGUCGGAGAACACGCCAUGCAUGUCGUGCGUGGCCAGUCCGUGGGGCUGCAAGUGGAACACGCACGACCACACCUGCAGCGACAUGGACGACGGCGCGCCUGCCCCGCACAUAAUCAAGCACCGACAGGGAGCGAGGUGUCCUCAGUUUGAAAAUCCGGACCCCAUGCUGAUCCCGGUGGGCUACAAGAAGUCAAUCAGCUUCGAGGGCAUCAAUCUGGACCUUUACCAGGGCCGUGUUUUUACCAUCGGGACGGAGCUCAUGAAGAACGUGGAGGAGGAGGUCAACUUUGAGGACGGACCUUUCUACACCUUCAGUGGAUUUAACUUUUCCUAUGACAAGUCGCCGGAGACCAAUGUUGUUCUCUACGUGAAGGACAAGGAGCUGGGCAAGAAGAUGGACAGCACGCUUAACGUCACCCUGUACAACUGCUCGGUGGGACGAGAGGACUGCAGUCUGUGUAAGAACGCCGACCUCAAGUACAGAUGCGUUUGGUGCACCAGGCACAGCGCGUGCGUGUACGAGCAGCUGUGCGCGCCCGACCAUCACGACGCCGAGGACCCCCACGACGCCGAGUGUCCUGCCCCUCAGAUCACUGACAUCAUCCCCCGCUUCGGCCCCCUGCUGGGCGGCAUCGCCAUCACCAUCCGCGGCUCCAACCUGGGAAUCCACAAGGAAGACAUUGAACACAUCACGGUGGUCGGGGAGCCCUGCCUUCACCAGCAGGACAAGUACUCGGUCUCCACCAGUGUGGUGUGCGAGAUUGGCCCCGUGUCCCCUGACAAGCAGUACUCGGGCCAGGUGGACGUGGAGGUGAAGGGCGGAAAGAAAGGAACCUCCUCCAUGUUCUUCACCUACAGGAACCCCAUCCCCGAGGCGGUGACGCCCAUUCGUGGGCCGAAAGCCGGAGGCACCCUCAUUACAAUCAGUGGACGCUUCCUGGACACGGGGAGUAAGGAUGACAUCCAGGUUACCGUCAGAGACGUGGGCUGCACUGUGGAGCAUUUUGGAGAAGAAAUCACCUGCAGAACGGACAAGUAUGGGGCUGAUAAGGUGCCCUCUGACCCGCUGGCCGUCACAGUGAAGUACGGGAGGAUUGCCGUCACACACAUCCCCAGUGCCUUCCAGUUCUUGGAAAACCCCACUGUGCUCGACCACCAGCCCAAAGCGAGCUUUGUCUGCGGCGGGAGAAACAUUGUGGUGACUGGCUCGGGUUUCGACAUCAUCCAGAGAGCCGUCAUGAUGGUCCGGGGAGACAACUCGACAUCAUUUGAGGUCGCCCACGAGAAGAACGACACCGUCAUCCACUUUCGCUCGCCGCCGGUCAACGACUCGCUGAGUCAGCAAAUCAGGACGUACAUCCAGCUGGACAAGUGGGAGAAGGAGCUGAGGUACUUCGACUACCACCCGGACCCCAUCUUCUACGAGCUGCCCAAGAGGGUCUUCACGGAAUCCAGCAUCAUCAACGUUAACGGUCGAGGCUUCUCCAAAGCCAUGACUGCCAAUGAGGCUCAGGCCUUUGUGGGCGACGUUCCCUGUGUGGUCAACACUCUCCAGGACGACAAGCUGUUCCUAGACCCGCCCUCCACGCAGCCCCGCGCUCGCUCACGGAGACAUCGCCGCGACACUCGGCCCGAGCUGCUGGACCUAAUGAUCAAGUUUGGCAAAGGGGAGUGGGUGGUGGGCUCGGUGCAGUAUGAGACGAAGAACGAUUUGUCGCUUUACAUCAUCAUCCCUGCCGUCAUUGUGCCCAUGCUGCUCAUCAUUGCCAUCUCCGUCUACUGCUACAGGAGGAAGAGUCAACAGGCCGAGAGGGAGUACGAGAAGGUGAAACACCAGCUGGAGAACCUGGAGGAGAGCGUGCGAGAUCGCUGCAAGAAAGAGUUCACAGACCUGAUGAUUGAAAUGGAGGACCAUACCAACGACCUGAGCGAGGGUCGCAUCCCCUUCCUGGACUACAAGACCUACACAGACCGUGUCUUCUUCCUGCCUUCCAAGGACGGCGCCAACGACGUGAUGAUCACAGGCAAGCUAGACAUCCCCGAGGCUCGGCGGGCCACCGUGACGCAGGCGCUCAACCAGUUCUCCAACCUCCUCAACUCUAAGACCUUCCUCAUCAAUUUUAUCCGCACCCUGGAGCGCAGUCACGACUUCAACGCCAGGGCCAAGGUGUAUUUCGCCUCCCUGCUGACGGUGGCACUGCACGGCAAGCUGGAGUACUACACGGACAUCAUGCGGACGCUGCUGCUGGAACUCAUGGAAGAAUAUGUGCACAGCAAAAACCCCAAACUCAUGCUGCGCCGAUCAGAAACAGUGGUGGAAAGGAUGUUGUGCAACUGGAUGUCCAUCUGCCUUUACCAGUUCCUAAAGGACUCGGCAGGCGAGCCCCUGUACAAACUGUUCCGGGCGAUCAAGCACCAGAUUGAGAAAGGACCCGUGGAUGCCCGAGUGAAGAAAGCCAAGUACACCCUCAACGACACUGGCCUGCUGGGCGAUGACGUGGAGUACUCUGUGCUGACGCUGCAAGUGCUGGUGCACGGCGAGGGUCCCGAUGUGACACCCGUCAAGGUUUUGAGCUGCGACACCGUCUCGCAGGUGAAGGAGAAGAUCAUCGAGCAGGUGUACAGGAACCUGCCCUACUCCACGCGGCCCAAGGUGGACAGCGUCACGCUGGAGUGGCGCCCGGGCUCCACGGGCCAGAUUCUAUCUGAUCUGGACUUGACAUCCCAGAAAGAGGGCAGAUGGAAACGCGUCAACACAUUGGCUCACUACAACGUCCACGACAACGCCACCUUAGUCUUGUCGCGAGUGCUUCACACUCAGCAGAACUACGACCAGAACCAGGAAAACCACGAAGAGCGGAACGCUCUGUUGGAAGACGACAAGGUGUUUCACCUGGUGAGGCCCACCGACGAAUUGGACGAGAUCAAGUCCAAGCGGGGCAGCAUUAAGGACAAGUCCAUGACCAAAGCCAUCACUGAGAUUUAUCUCACUCGACUGCUCUCUGUCAAGGGAACGUUGCAGCAGUUUGUGGACGACUUCUUCCGCAGCGUGCUGUGCUCUGGGGCAGUGGUGCCACCGGCAGUCAAAUACUUCUUUGACUUCCUGGAUGAGCAGGCGCUGAAGCACAACAAUGUAGAUGACGAGACCAUCCACAUUUGGAAGACCAACAGUCUGCCUCUGCGCUUCUGGGUGAACAUCCUGAAGAACCCCCACUUCAUCUUCGAUGUCCACGUGUCUGAAGUGGUGGAUGCCUCGCUCUCCGUCAUCGCCCAGACCUUCAUGGACGCCUGCACAAAGACAGAGCACAAGCUCAGUCGGGACUCCCCGAGUAACAAACUUCUCUAUGCAAAGGAGAUCUCGACCUACAAGAAGAUGGUGGAUGAUUACUACAAGGGCAUCAGACAGAUGGUCCCCGUCAGUGACCAGGACAUGAACACACAUCUGGCUGAGGUCUCACGGUCACACACGGACAAGCUGAACACACAAGUAGCUCUCCAUCAGCUGUAUCGGUACGCCAGCAAGUACUACAAUGGGAUCAUUUCAUCCUUGGACGAAGACCCGGCUGCGCAGAGUAAGCAGCUGACCAUGCGGCUCCAGCAGAUAGCCGCCGCCCUGGAAAACAAAGUGACUGAUCUCUAACAUGGAGACCAAGACGGGUGGGAUCCUGCCAGUGACUGCAGGGGCUUAUUUCUUCUUGUUUUGUGCUUGAUAAAUCACGGCGAGACGGGAGUAGCGUGCGUUAUUGCCCUGGGACAAUAUUCUAAUAAUAAUAAUAAUAAUGUUCUCCCGUGCCGCGUAUCAUUGAAAUGCGUACGGAGAGCAGAGCGAGUCGAUGAUGUUACGGUGUCAAAAAAAAAAAAGGUACGCCUUAAAGCUCACUUGCCAAACCUCAAGCACGCAUCGCGGGAAGCGUUGUGAGAUUGAGAGAAAGAAGUAAGCCCCUGUGGCAGGAGAUAAUCAUGAUGUUCAAUUUCUUUUCCUUUUGAGAAUUGUAGGAUCUAUUUUUUUUCAAUCUGUCUUUAUCGCCGGAAAAAAAAAGCUUUAUAAGGAAACAAAAAAAACGUAUCUUUUUAAAUGGAUCACCUGGUGUUGCGGAUAGUGUUUUUAUGAUUCAACGUGGUUGGAGAGCGGGUGAUUUUAACGUAAGCACGUGUGGGAGAGCGUUUGGGGAUGUGUGCACACGGGAUGCCUAAAGUCGGGCGGGAGGGCCAAGAGGCGCCCGCUUUCUGUCAAUGCCCCCCACCACCACACACACUCCCACAUUGACAGGAGCCUGCGUCCCCACUUUGACUGAGACCAAAGGGUCCUCACACAAGGACAAUGUACAGGCUCAUAUGAAUGACGGCUUAACAGUAUAUAUAUUUUUAUUGUCGAUUAUUUUUUAAGCCGUGUGUGCUUUGUGGAAGCCACUUAGAGCACAGUCUGUCUCCCUUUAGUGUUGAGUGCCAUGGUACAUUCCACUUCAAAAACAAAGCACAGAAGAACAUUUCUUUCCCCACCCCCCUUCUCCUUAUAAUAUUUUUCAAAGUUUUGCUGCUAUAUCUUGACAUUUUCAUUCUCAUCAGCCCUGCAAUGAACUACCAUCAAGUCUCAUCAGCUUACCAACAUCACCAGAAUUUAGUAGGAUAGUAUACAAAAAACGUUAUUCACUAGUUAUAAGGUCAAACCUCUAAUUGCAACAAACCACAUCAUGUCACGCUUCAAAUUAAAGGUCUUGGUAAAGGCUUCCCGGAUCUGUAAUUAUUUUGUCAAUAUGCUCUUGUGUGACAACGUAAUAACCAAAAACAUGAUUGUUUUUUUUUUUUUUUUAACUUGAAAAGGUCACCGAUAUCUAUCCACCAAUACAUGCAUAUUCAUACCGAAUUCUGGUGAAAACGGGCUCACUAUUCAUAUCCGCCUAAGGUAGCAGUUCAGGAAUAGAAUCGUAGUAAAUAUAUUUGUUAUUGAUUAGUAUUAAGAUGUUCCUGUGCCAUUCUUUUUUGAUGUAAAUCUGUCGUCCAAAUAUUCAUCAAGCAUCCUGCCUCUUGAAGCUAUGUAAUAGCCCUCUGCUGAUUGCUGUCAAUAAUCUGCCAGGUAUGCAGUUGCUACUUAAGCGGUACAUAUUGAACAAAAUGGCUUGUAUAUAUUCAUUGUACUUUUUGGAUUCUUGCGUGAAACCAGGGUGGGGCGAGUCUUCAUCUGGAAAUUGUAGGCUGGUGAUGAUGUCAUUAAGUACCUGACAACCGUUGCGUUUGCAUUAUGGUUGUGCGUUGUACCUGACCAUUAUCAUGCGUGCACCUGACCACUGUUGUGAAUGCGGCUGUUUAUGAUUGUGUCAGUGCGCACCUCCCUGUUUGUGUAUGUACCUCAUCAUGUGUGUGGGCACACAGCAUGGUUGACUGGCCAUGGUUUCGUGUUUGUGUGUGUGUGCAUGUGUACCUCACCACGGUUGUGUAUGUACCUUCCAAAGGUGUGUAUGCCUUACCAUGGGUUCGUGUGUACCUCACCAUGGUUGUGGUGCACCUUUCCAUAGUUGUGUGUGUGUACCUGAAUAUUGUGUGUGCACUUGACAUUGGCUGUGUGUAUACCUGGCAAUGAAUGCGCGUACCUGACCGUGGUUGUGUAUACACUUCAGCAUGGUUGUGUCUAUACCUUACAUAGUUAUGUCUGUACAUGACCUUGGUUGUGUGCGUACCUCCCCAUCGUUACGUAUAUCUGACAAUGGAUAUGUGCGUACUUUAGCUUGGUCAUGUGUGCACCUGACCACAGUUGUGCGUGUACUUCAUCAUAGUCUAGGGUUGUGUUGAAACUGACCGUGGUUGUGUGUAGCUGAGACCCCCUAGAAUGUUCAACCCUGCCUUUGCGAGGGUGUGCACGGACCUCAAGCCUACCUGUCCUGCCUUGCUGUCUCCGCACUCCCUGACAUCCGGACCAACAGCACAUGCCCCGCCCCCCUCCCCCUCCACUCAAUCUAAUGGCUUCAGCCUGGGGACAGGGCCCGCGUCUCUGUUGACUCCUCUCACUGGCAGAGUCGAUGCAGAUGCUUCUUUCAGAGCCUUUCUUUGACCAAAAAUGUGCCUUAUUGAAUAGGAUGAUACAUAUAAUGUUUCUAAAUUAUUCUCUCGGUAACCUAUGAUGACGAUAGUGCUAUAGACACAGCAAUGUAUUUGGACUUGUGGUAUUGUGUGUGCUGAUUAAAAUGCUAAAAAUGCUAUGGAUACCCUGCUGCAGCAGUUUGUGUGUGCGUGUGUGUUUGCGUGCCAAUUAGGGGUGGGAAUCACGGUAUUUUACUGAUAGCGUCACGAUGCAGCAAUAAUUGCUAUAUUGCAGGGUUUCUCAAAUGUUUUAGAUUUUUUAAGUACCACCUCCAUCAUGACCAACAUGCAGCAGUAGUGUCUUUGGCCUAAGUGGACAUCAAAAUUGAAACGGAGCUUUUACUCCCAAAAACUAUAUUUAAUAUUAUUGUAAGCCACUGUAACAUUAUUCAGUUUGAACAUUAACACUGGGCUUAAAUAUAGGAAAAUUAAGAAAAACAAUCUGUAAUUAAUGAUUCAAUUAAAAAUUUACUGCACGUAAAAAUUUUAUAAAAAUGGUAACUUAGGUAACAACCAUUUCUUAAAGAUUGAAUGCGAAUGUUUUGAACUCAAAAGUUAAAUAGUAUAUUUUCGUACUACCACACUUUGAGAAUCACUGCUAUAUUGGAAGAAGACCAUAAUCCUACCUCUGGUAGAUUGGUAUUGUUGACAGUACAUGGAGGCUGAUAUCGAGUUGAUAUCGGGCACCAACGGUAUCGUCAUUUGAUGCUGGUGUUGAUAUCGUAUCCCACCCCUACUGCCAAUAGGCUGGAUUCAUUUCAUAGUGAUUUCUUGGACAGUUGCCGUGUUGAUGUGUGUGUUUCUUUUGGAUGUCUGUGGUGUGAGCUUUGUAGGCCCAAAAAAAGGCAAAUUUGGAUUUUCCCAUUCAAAUGAUAAACAUUCCAAAGUGAAUUAAAACAAACGGGGUGCAGGGGGCAGGUGUUCUUCUGUAGACUUCUGAGUAGAGCGCAAAAAUUGUUCCAGUGGUGUUUAUUAGCUAUUACACAGUGUGUGCGAUAAAUGACUUAUACUCGACAAAUGACCUUUCUUACUGCUGUGCAGUUAUUAUUUUUAUGAUUUCUUGUUUCCUAUACUGUAUCAAUCUUUGUAAAACAUGUUGAAAUACUGUAUUCUGACUGUAUACUCCUAUGCAUUGAGUCCUGGAAGAAAAUAAGAAAAGAAAAAAAAAAGCUGUUGUGUUGAGUCAUUCUUUUUUUGUCAAAUUGAAUGGGUUCUUAUUGUAGAAGAAAUGCAGCAAUCUAAGCUGCUUUGGGUUUUGUACCUGAUCUGCUUGUGUUAAUUUAAUUUAACCAAUGCGGCAUAUGCCUGUGUGUGAGUGUGCGCGCAUGUGUGUGGAUGGAACUCUUACAACCAGAUUUCAUCAUGUGCUCCUGUG